AUGGGUGGCGGUCCACGGACUUUUCCCGGCGGCCUAAACAAGUGGCAGUGGAAGCGCCUCCACGAGAAAAAAGCAAAGGAGAAAGAGAAAAGACUCCUCGAGCAAGAGAAACAGAUCUACGAAGCCAGGGUCCGAUCCGAAAUUCGUGCCAAGCUUGCCGUUACAGCCAGACGGGAUUCUGAGUCGGAUCCCAAUGCGACAAAUUACAGCCCGAUGAGCUCCCAAGAGCAAAUCAAAGCCUUAGCCGAUCGGUUCAUGAAACCCGGAGCAGUGGAUUUGUGGAAUGAGAAAGAUGGUCCCUUUAAAUCAGAGGAACGGCCACCCUUAAUUAGACCAGGAAAUGAUCGAGCAGGAUUAAUGAAUUCACCAAUUGAUGUGAAGAAACUUACAUCUGAUAACCGCAGUUUAGCAGAUAGCAGAGAAAUUUUGAAUUUAAGAAGUGUAGGCAGUAGUUAUCAUGUUAAGAGGAGUUAUUCAGUGCAGAGAAGGGGAAAAUUCCGGAGAAAUGAGAGUUCUUCCAGUGAGGAUGAUUCAGAUUCUGGGUCUGAUGACAAUCCGGUGAAGUUUUCUGGUAGUAGGUUAGCACGAAAUAGUGGGGAUGCUAAUUCGAGAAAUGUAAAUAAUUUUUUGAAGGAUAGGAGAAGUUAUUUGGCACAGAAGAAGUUUGUGAAUCAGAGUUCUUCAAGUGACUAUGAUACGGCUGAGGAUGAAGAAGGAGGAGUGGAAGGCUGGAGGGAUGUGAGGAAGUUGGGCAGUAGUGCCUCUUUGGGGAAGCACGAUAUGAAGAUCACAAAGAGAGUACCAUUAAAGGAGGUUGAGGAGGAGUUUGAUUUUUCGGAGCAGGUGAAGUUGCUUAGGAAGGAGCUUGAUAAGAAGAAAUUGAUAGAAAAUGUAGAGGAGAAGAGCAAGGAAGAAUCUAUUUAUAGUAAUAAGAGGUUUGAUGAGUCUGGUAUAUCUUCACUUACAGUCAAGGCGCUUUCUGCUGCUGGAUAUUUUCAGAUGACUAGAGUACAAGAGGCCACACUCUCUGUUUGCCUUGAGGAUAGGCUAUUGGAAGCUUCGAUACAGUUAUACACUUUAAAUGGCCUCCUUCCUGCAAUUGAAACAGUUCUGAAGGCUACCAGUAGUAAUACCAUCUCACGGGUGCCUCCUAUAUAUGUUCUCAUUCUAUGCCCUACGAGAGAACUUGCAAGUCAGCUAGCUGCAGAAGCAAAUGCCCUGCUGAAGUUCCAUGAUGGUGUAGGCGUGCAGACCCUAGUUGGAGGUACACGUUUCAAAGUUGAUCAGAAACACCUUGAAUCGGAUCCGUGCCAGAUAAUAAUUGCAACACCUGGUAGAUUACUGGAUCACAUUGAGAACAGGACUGGCUUAUCUGUGCGUUUAAUGGGAUUGAAAAUGCUUAUACUUGAUGAAGCUGACCACUUACUAGACUUGGGAUUCCGGAAAGAUGUUGAGAAAAUUGUUGAUUGUUUGCCUCGUCAAAGGCAGUCAUUGCUUUUUUCUGCAACUAUUCCCAAAGAGGUUCGCCGGAUUUCUCAGCUUGUUCUGAAUAGGGAACAUGCCUACAUUGAUACAGUGGGUCUGGGUUGCAUAGAAACCCCUGAUAAGGUCAAGCAAUCUUGUAUUGUUGCACCACACGAGUUGCACUUUCAGAUAGUGCACCAUCUCUUGAAGGAGCACAUUUCACAAGCACCUGAUUACAAGGUCAUUGUUUUCUGUUCAACUGGGAUGGUAACAUCUCUGAUGUAUAUGCUUCUCCGUGAAAUGAAAUUAAAUGUUUGGGAGAUUCAUUCUAGGAAACCUCAACUUUAUCGGACUCACAUAUCUGAUGAAUUCAGGGGAUCAAAACGGCUCAUUCUCAUUACCUCUGAUGUUUCAGCACGAGGAGUGAAUUAUCCCGAUGUUACCUUAGUCAUUCAGGUUGGUAUUCCUUCUGAUCGGGAACAAUACAUACACCGCCUUGGAAGAACAGGACGGGAAGGCAAAGAAGGAAAGGGCAUCUUGUUGAUUGCACCAUGGGAACAAUAUUUCUUGGAUGAUAUUAAAGACUUGCCUCUUGAGAAAGUUCCUGUACCACAUUUAGAUCCACAUAUCAAAAUAAAGAUGGAGGAUUCGCUUGCAAAGGUUGAUGGUCGUAUCAAAGAAGCAGCCUAUCAUGCUUGGCUUGGUUAUUAUAACUCAAUCGGUGAGAUUGGCAGGGACAAGACAACGCUUGUUGAGCUAGCAAAUCGGUUUUCUGAAUCUAUUGGUUUACAAAAACCACCUUCUCUGUACAGGAAGACAGCACUAAAAAUGGGGUUGAAAGACAUUCCAGGCAUUCGAAUUCGGAAGCGGUAGAAACUGAGAUCUAAUAUGCAAGUCAUUCAUCUGUAAUGUGGAAAAAUGUAAUAUCAAGAACAAAUGAUUCUCGUUCGUUCCAGAUGAGGUUAAAACACCAGGAAGUUGUAAUUUUUUAUAUUAUUAGAAACAUCAUCCCAAAAGCCCUGCCUCUAGGGUUGUUCCCUGGUUGGAUCCCUUUGAAUGGAGGUAACAGGUCACACUGCAAACUGGAUCCAUCUAUCUGAAAUACCUUUAAUGAAGAGAUAUGGUUAGC